UGCCAACCUAGAAAUGUUACAGAGCCACAUCUCUGAACAUAGCACAUGGAGGGAGGGGCUUGAUCUCAUAGCCAGUCACCCAAAGUUGGCACAGCUUAGUACCUGUGUUCUGUGAAAAACUUGAGCUCGCCAGUCUCAAAGCAGAUCCUUUAAGAUCAUCAUACUCAAAGAGUAUAUUUUAUCUUCUGGAAUAAUCUGCUGCUUCUUUUCUUGUCUUUGAGAUUGAAUGAGAAGAAUCUGCAGAAACUGAAUGAGAAGACUGCCUCUCAGGCUAAGCUACCUGCUGAGAUGUUCUGUUUGCAGAAACCAAAGAUGCUGCACCUACUAGAGAAAUCCUUGAGGAAUGGUCUCCCUGAGUCCUUAAAGGUUUAUGGAACAGUCUUCCACAUGAACCAGGGAAACCCAUUUAAUCUGAAGGCCCUGGUGGACACGUGGCCUGAUUUUAAUACAGUGCUUGUCCGGCCUCAGAAGCAGGAGAUGACAGAUGACUUUGAUCACUACACCAACACCUACUUAAUCUAUUCUAAAGAUCUCAAGAACUGUCAGGAAUGCCUUGGCACAUCAGAUGUCAUCAACUGGAAACAACAUUUGCAGAUCCAAAGCUCACAGUCCAGCCUGGAUGAGGUGAUACAAAGUCUUGCAUCUGCUAAAUUCGUCAGGGUUAAGAGAUCACGGCGUGUUCUCUAUAUGAUGCCUCAGUCAGCAAAGAAACUGGUUCCUUUCCUGCCAGAGACAAAGAAGUUACGUCCUGGAUCUGGCAAACCCAAGCCAAUAAACCAAGAUGUGUUUAAACUUUCAUCUCUGGAGCUCACCCACGCUGCCUUGGUGAAUAAAUUCUGGCAUUUUGGUGGUAAUGAGAGGAGCCAUAGAUUUAUUGAGCGCUGUAUUCGGACCUUCCGCACUGUCUGUCUGCUGGGGCCUGAAGGGACCCCUGUGUCCUGGGGCCUGAUGGAUCAUACUGGAGAGAUGCGGAUGGCAGGCACCGUGCCAGAGUACCGGGGCCAGGGGCUCAUGUCCUAUGUCACCUAUUACUAUGCCCACGUUCUGGAAAACCUUGGCUUCCCCGCAUAUAACCAUACAGACAAUAAAUUCAUACAUAAAAUGAGUCACACCCUGCAUCAUAUCCUCAUGCCCUGUGACUGGAACCAGUGGAACUGUGUGCCUCUAUGAAGCCAGUCCCGAAUAUAGGCCUGUGCAGGGUGAGCUGUGCAAGCAGCUGAAGGUGUGGACAGUAAACCUUGCACGGUCAGAUCUUCCUGACAUGUGGCCUCUGGCUGUGCUCAAUUUCCCACACACCUAGAUCUCAGUGACAUUUUUUCUUCCGCGGCACGAUGCCCUUGUUUUUUUCUUAGAACACCUGUCUCAUGUACUAAUUAUUGUCCAGGGGCAAAUUUUGCCAGUUUUUUCAGGAUGUGGCAUCAUUUUGGAGGUGGUAUGACUCUUUUUUCUAUGACCUCUUUAUUUAGUGGCCAAAGUGUGUCUUAUCUCUUUGUAGUGAUUCUUUCAUGGGUAUAUUGUGAUUUCUAUUGAAUGAGCACAUUAACAUAUGGCCCACAAAUACAUGAUAUUGAGUAUAAGUGCCAGCUAUUAAGGGAAAGAUGAACUGAUGGUAGCAUUUUUCUCAGUGCCGCCCCAAGAAAGUGAGAAAAGCAUUAUCUUCUCAAAGGCAGGUUGAUUUCCACCCCCAUAGUAAACCCACAAAAAUGAAAUUUUACAUCUGAUUGUAGAAGUUAAGAUAGAAAUUUCAGGGCAGCGCCUGUGGCUCAGUGAGUAGGGCGCCGGCCCCAUAUGCCGAGGGUGGCGGGUUCAAACCCAGCCCCGGCCAAACUGCAAUAAAAAAAUAGCCGGGCGUUGUGGCGGGCGCCUGUAGUCCCAGCUGCUCGGGAAGCUGAGGCAAGAGAAUCACGUAAGCCCAAGAGUUAGAGGUUGCUGUGAGCUGUGUGACGCCACGGCACUCUACCCGAGGGUGGUACAGUGAGACUCUGUCUCUACAAAAAAAUAAAUAAAUAAAAAAUAAAAGAUAGAAAUUUCAUCAGUUAGAGGGUGCGCAGGGGGACGGUAGGAACAGAUGGAAAGAUAAACCAGGAGUGACUAAUACUCAGCUACACAAAUUCAGCACACGUACACAGCCUGUACUCUGUGUCACUGAUGGGUUUUCUAACUGAUGGAUCAGAGUUCUACUUAUUUUGAGGUGCAUGUGAUGGUGUGAUACCCGCCUGCAUGUGUCAUGAUCAAAUCAGGUAUCAUUUCAAACACUUACCUUUUCUUUGUGUUGGGAACAUUAUAAUUUUUCUCUUCUAUCUAUUUCAAAAUAUACAGUAAAUUAUUGUUAACUAUAACACUGAUGUCUCUUUUCUUUUUUUCUUCUUUUCUUUUUAAAAAUGUGUUUUCUCGAGGAAAAUGUCAGGGACUAGAGGUGGUUGGUGACAUCAAAAUGAGAUGAGAUUGUCCUGCUUAUUUUUUUUCUUUUAUAUAUAUAUAUUUUUUUAUUUGUAUUAGAUCAUAGCUGUGUACAUUAAUGUGAUCAUGGGGCACCAUACACUUGUUUUAUAAACAAUUCGACACAUUUUCAUCACACUGGUUAACAUAGCUUUCCUGGCAUUUUCUUAGUUAUUGUGUUAAGACAUUUAUAUUCUACAUUUACUAAGUUUCACAUGUACCCUUGUAAGAUGCACCGCAGGUGUAAUCCCACUAUCACCCUCCCUCUGCCCAACCUUCCCCCUCCCUCGCCUCCCUCUUCCCCUUCUCCAUAUUCUUAGGUUAUAACUGGGUUAUAGCUUUCAUGUGAAAGCCAUAAAUUAGUUUCAUAGUAGGGCUGAGUAUAUUGGAUACAUUUUCUUCCAUUCUUGAGAUACUUUACUAAGAAGAAUAUGUUCCAGCUCCAUCCAUGUAAACAUGAAAAAGGUAAAGUCUCCAUCUUUCUUUAAAGCUGCAUAAUAUUCCAUGGUGUACAUGUACCACAGUUUGUUGAUCCAUUCGUGGAUCGAUGGGCACCUGGGCUGUUUCCAUGAGUUAGCAAUUGUGAACUGGGCUGCAAUAAACAUUCUGGUACAAAUAUCUUUGUUAUAA